ACCGUAGAAGUGUAUUACAUCAUCGCAGUGAAUGACGGCAUGAUUGAGCUGAGGCUGGCACACUUUACCUUCAAAUUUAAAGUUAGAAGAGCACAGAGAAUCAUAUUAACACAUAUACAAUAUGGCUGCCAAGUACCUGGCCCAGAUUAUUGUAAUUGGAGGACAGGUUGUGGCAAGGGCAUUCACAAAAGCUCUUCGUCAAGAAAUACAAGCAAGUCAACAUGCGGCACAGAGAGCUGGAGGGGGUAAGCAAGGGGCCAAGACUGCAGCAGCAGAUAAUAUUACAGGAAUAACAUUAGAAGAAGCCCAGAAGAUUCUCAAUAUCAAAAGUCUAGGAGACCAAGAGGCCAUCUUGAAAAACUAUGAACAUCUUUUCUCUGUCAAUGAAAAAUCAAAAGGGGGAUCACUUUAUCUUCAGUCCAAGGUUGUGCGAGCCAAGGAGAGGAUAGACCAAGAGUUACAGGGCAAAGAGGAAGCCAAAAACAGGAAAACCAUCCCCUCCGAUGCUGGAGGAUCAUCAUCACAGUCGCCAGAGCAGCCAAAGGCUGAUUCAUGAUAGUGGAUAGUCCAUCAGGCAUUGACAGAAAACUGAACAAUGAAUUUCAGACAAUGGACAAUUAUGUAUGGAUGGCAGUGGAAUCAAAACACUCCAUCAGAGAUGAUUGAAGGGUGGAGAGACACAGAGAGAAAGAGCAAAAAAAGAACCAGAAAGUGGAAAUAUCUUCGAGAUGAUGGUGUACUAUGGAUGACAAGUCUGAAGGUGUGCCUGCUACACUUUCCUGUUACCCAAUCCAUUCUCAAUAGAUUUAAUGCCAUGCGUGUAUCCAUACAGUGUAUGUUUAAAGCAUGAAUCAUCUCAUGUCUUGUUUUUAGCCAGAGAGUGUUAGCUAUCAAACACUAUCAUGAAAUGUUAUGCAAAUAAUGAAUGUUUAUGAGUGCAAUGAACUGAAUACUUCAUGAGGUCUCCUCAUUGAAUCAGAAUGGAUCAUUUCAUCUUUCACCGAAUGAAGUAUUCUGUUCAUUGCACGAAUGAAAAGAACAUUCAUUAUUUGGUUUAUAUGACACUUAAAAUAGAUUCUUUUUCAUAUGAUAUUUAUGAAUUUCGAUGCAAAAUAUGCUCAUGCAGUACAAGCUCGGUCUGUUGAUUGUCGCGUACUUACAACAUCCGCGCUGCAAACACGAGUGGUUUUACUUGUGGUGCCUGCAGUCUGGGUGCACGCAUGCAAUGGACAAAAUCGUAUGGAUCCAAAAUUGCAUGAUGAAUGGAUCCAACAUUGCACGGUUGAUGACGUCGUCGUAAAAUGGGGUGAAUGAUUGAUAUCAAACAACCAAUCAAAUGACAAGGAUCUAUUUAGGUGUCCUAUAAUUGAAAAUAGAGCGACCCAUGUAUAAUAAAUUAUUUACGGACCAGUUAUGAUCAAGAUUCAGUUGGUUUGCUGUCAGUAGUCAAUGUGGCAGUGUGACCAAGAUAUGCAAUUAACCUCCUCAAGCUCACACUAUAGUGAAUGAAACAUUAAAGUCAUUGAUUUGCACACAAUGGAAUAUCAAUACUGUGUUAUAAUGUUAUAAUUUGGUUUUCAUACAGUAUACCUCCAGUUCAUUUUGAAGCGUGGAAAUUUUGAUCAGAUUGAUCGAUAUGUGUUGUAGGUUGAGGAAAGUCUUCCCUCUGCAUCAAUGAUUCAUAGAAAAUCGUUUGAAAGAAACAAAGUAUGUGAACUUUGGUUUUGAUUAAUUAAUUGCUGUUCAAAGACUGUCUGCCUGCAUUGCUGAUAUCAAGCGUUGGUCAUCCGACAACAAGGUUCAGCUCAAUGAACUAAAAACUGAGAUGCUGCAUAUUUUCUCUAGGUUUAGGAGCUCAGGUCAAUUACCUUGUUUAGAUUUUCUCGCUGGAAAUAUCAGUGGUUCAGAUACUGUGAGGGACCUUGGAGUUAUUAUUGAUAACAACUUGACCCUUAACCAGCAUAUCAGAAAUGUUUGUCGUUGUGCAUCAUGGGGUAUUUGUAAGAUAGGGAAGUUAAGAAAGUAUCUUGAUAAAUCAUCUACUGAACGUAUAGUACAUGCCUUUGUAUCAUCCCAUUUGGAUUAUUGUAAUGCUUUACUUGCUGGUUUACCUCAAUCUAGUAUAUCCCCCCUUCAAAGAAUUCAAAAUACUGCAGCUAGACUGGUAACCCUCACAAAGAAAUUUGAACAUAUCACCCCUAUUCUCUACUCCCUCCAUUGGCUUCAGGUUCAAAAUAGAAUUAUUUUCAAGCUCCUUCUCCUUGUCUAUAAAAUCAUCCAUGGUCUCGCCCCAUCCUACCUUCAAAAUCUUAUCUCUCUUUGUCCCUCAUCCUCUGCAACUCAAUGUCUCCGAUCUUCUUCUACUGCUCACCUUCGACUUUCUCUAGGACCCCGCACUUUUACCCGUUACGGCGAUCGUGCCUUUUCUGCUCUUGCCCCUAAACUCUGGAACAAUCUCCCCAUCUCCAUCCGUAAUGCAUCCACUGUCGAAUCUUUCAAAACACUCCUCAAAUCUUACCUCAUUAAGCAGUCCUCUUAAUUCCUUAUCCUGUUCUCUCUCACUGUAUUUUGUUACUUCUUUUUUUUUCUCUCUUUCCAAUGCGCUUAGAAACUGUUGUAUUAAGCGCUAUAUAAAUGUUAAUUAUUAUUAUUAUUAUUAUUUAUUAAUUUUUGAAUGAUGCUACAAAAAAUCUUUGACUCGAGUGUUGAAAUCUACUUGUACUAAUGAAUUGUAAGUGUUAGAUAGUAUUUAUAUCUGUCUUCAAAUGGUGUUAGAAUGACCUCAUCGAUACAAGUACAUUUGUUUGUAAACAAAACUGAUUGGAAGCAACAAUGGUGUACCAUCUGGUUAAUUUCAUCACACAAUUCAAGCCGAGUUCAAUUACUGUUUACAUAUUUUAAAUCUGUGGGAUGAUAUUGAUAAAGAAUUUGAAAAUUUCCAUGUUUUUUUCAACAAAAAAAAAAGGAAAAUGAUAAGGCAAAAGAAAGGCAAAGCAGAACUUACCUAUCUCUGAAUAUGAGAAUUAUUAGAAUGUAGUGUAUUAAACUCUAGAGGGCAGCAAUCAUAAAAAUAAGUCGGUGCCGUGUGUAAUUGUAAUACUUUUGUUUACUCGGUCAAAUUUAAUUGUGAAUGGUUAAAGAUUUAAGGCAUAGUAUGAGAAUAAGGGGGAAUUGAUCAUAGUUUCGCAUAUGCAUUUAUGGAGAAAUGUGAAACACUAUUUUUAAUUUCUAAAUUUGAAUACUCAUUUGGGUUUUAUUGUACAUUCUCCCUUUUGAUUCUAGUCUUAUUUUGUUAUUUAUAAAAUGUAAUUGUUUGUUGUUAAUCCAACAUGCCCUAUCUCCUUUCAAUAUACCAUCUAAAAAGUGAAAGUGUCAUAGAAAAUUAUGCCAGAAAUUUAAUACCAGGUUAAAGGAGAUGUAAAGAAUAAAGAUUCAGAUAUGGGACCAACUGCUGGUCUAAGUUUAUUGAAGAAAGUUAUGGAUAUAAAGGAGUGUAAUCAGGAAAUACUGGAUACUUGAAGAUACAUUUGAAAAUAUUAAAAAAGAGUGUGUAUCUACAUUUAUAUGAACAUGAA